GUGGCGGAGCGGGCGCGGCAGGGGGAGACGAGCCGGGCUGGGGCGGGGGAAAGGCGAGCCCGGAGUCCCGGCGCGCCUCCUGGCUGCGCGCAGAGCCAGCGGGAUCGGGUCCGAGUCCACGCUGUGCCCAGGAAAGCCGUGCCCGGGAGCCACCGCCACUUCACGGACGCGAGCGAGCGUGGUCCGCGCCCCGAGGGCUCUGCCGGGAGUUUCCAGGAUGAGAAGCUCAAACCUGUGUUUCCGAUGCUGGAAGAGCCAGAACAAGCAGCACCUGACAACCUCGGAGUGAAGCCGGCGGGGAGGAGAUGAUUUCAAGAUGUAGAAUUCUUAUGUCUGAAGCAUCCCAAAUGAAAUUGAAGCAUCUACACUGAAAUCGUUUCACACUGUGGAAUUGAGAAAUUCUUCUGGAAAGUCACAUCAUGAGCUUCUUUAGGCUUCUAAAUUGUCCAGUUGAUUUUUAAUCAUUUAAGACUUUUUGGAUGGUAGGAGUUUGACCACAGCUGACAGUGCUCAGGGAUCACUUUUGGCAGUGUUGGGGGACCUUAUGUGAUAGCAGCUUUCAAAUGGGUUAUGAGAAGAGUCUCAGAAGAGAACAGUUGAAGUGACUUCCAUAAGCAUGAACCCAACAAGUAAAACAGGUGUGAUCAGCAGAACAGAAUGCAGCUUUCAAGAGGCUGAAUCAGAAGAUAUUCCCACCAGUAGGGAAUGAAGGUUCAUUUCAAGCUGUUGGCUUGUGGGACUCUGAGAGAUGCUGCUGUCCAUAACAUGUUGGAAUUAUCAUGAUCAACUACCCAGUUUGGAUUCCAUUCAAUGGUCAAGAGCUUUGCAUGGUAGACACCAAGAGCUGGAUUUUUAAACAGAGUAAACCAGGCUCCUGACCAAGAUAUAGACUAAGAGGUGGAGUCAUGCUUCACACGGCCAUAUCAUGUUGGCAGCCAUACCUGGGUCUGGCUGUGGUGUUAGUCUUCAUGGGAUCCACCAUUGGCUGCCCUGCUCGCUGCGAAUGUUCUGCCCAGAACAAAUCCGUUAGCUGCCACCGAAGGCGGUUGAUUGCUAUCCCAGAGGGCAUUCCUAUAGAGACCAAAAUAUUGGACCUCAGCAAAAACAGACUGAAGAGUGUGAACCCUGAAGAGUUCAUAUCCUAUCCUCUACUCGAGGAGAUAGACCUGAGUGACAACAUCAUCGCCAAUGUAGAACCAGGAGCAUUUAACAAUCUCUUUAAUCUUCGGUCCCUACGACUAAAGGGCAAUCGCCUGAAGUUGGUCCCAUUGGGGGUAUUCACGGGGCUAUCCAACCUCACCAAGCUUGACAUUAGUGAGAAUAAGAUUGUCAUAUUGCUGGACUACAUGUUCCAGGAUCUGCAUAACCUAAAGUCUCUAGAAGUGGGGGACAAUGAUUUGGUUUAUAUAUCACACAGGGCCUUCAGUGGGCUGCUGAGCUUGGAGCAGCUCACCCUGGAGAAAUGCAACCUAACAGCCGUACCAACAGAAGCCCUUUCUCACCUCCGCAGCCUCAUCAGCCUGCAUCUGAAGCAUCUCAAUAUCAACAAUAUGCCCGUGUAUGCCUUUAAGAGACUGUUCCACCUGAAACACCUAGAGAUUGACUAUUGGCCUUUACUAGAUAUGAUGCCUGCCAAUAGCCUUUACGGUCUCAACCUAACAUCUCUCUCCAUCACCAACACCAACCUGUCCACCGUGCCCUUCCUUGCCUUCAAACACCUGGUGUAUCUCACCCACCUGAACCUCUCCUACAACCCCAUCAGCACUAUCGAAGCAGGCAUGUUCUCUGACCUGAUCCGCCUGCAGGAGCUUCACAUCGUGGGGGCCCAGCUCCGUACCAUUGAGCCUCACUCCUUCCAAGGGCUCCGUUUCCUUCGAGUGCUCAAUGUGUCCCAGAAUCUACUGGAAACUCUGGAAGAGAAUGUCUUCUCCUCCCCUAGGGCUUUGGAGGUCCUGAGCAUUAAUAACAACCCUCUGGCCUGUGACUGCCGUCUCCUCUGGAUCCUGCAGCGGCACCCCACUCUGCAGUUCGGGGGCCAACAACCCAUGUGUGCCGGCCCAGACACCAUCCGUGAAAGAUCGUUCAAGGAUUUCCAUAGCACCGCCCUGUCUUUUUACUUCACCUGCAAAAAACCCAAAAUCCGUGAAAAGAAACUGCAGCAUCUGCUGGUGGAUGAAGGACAAACAGUCCAGCUGGAAUGCAAUGCGGAUGGAGACCCCCAACCUGUGAUAUCCUGGGUGACACCUCGGAGGCGUUUUAUCACCACCAAGUCCAAUGGAAGAGCUACGGUGCUGGGCGAUGGCACCUUGGAAAUCCGCUUCGUUCAAGAUCAAGACAGUGGGAUGUACAUUUGCAUCGCCAGCAACGCUGCUGGAAACGACACCUACACGGCCUCCUUAACUGUGAAAGGAUUCACUUCCGACCGCUUCCUUUACGCCAACAGGACCCCUAUGUACAUGACCGACUCCAAUGACACCACUUCCAAUGGCACGAAUGCCAAUACCUUUUCCCUGGACCUUAAAACAAUACUGGUGUCGACAGCCAUGGGCUGUUUCACAUUCCUGGGAGUGGUUUUAUUUUGUUUUCUCCUCCUUUUUGUGUGGAGCCGAGGGAAAGGCAAGCACAAAAACAGCAUUGACCUUGAGUACGUGCCGCGAAAGAACAACGGUGCUGUUGUGGAAGGGGAGGUGGCUGGACCCAGGAGGUUCAACAUGAAAAUGAUCUGAGGGUCUACCACUCAGAGGAUGGUUUCUGUGUCACGGUGGGUAACCAUCAAGACAGUCUGGCGCAGUGAAUUGCAAGUGAAAAGGCAGCUUGGAGAAGCUGCCCCUGUGUCAAAGCAGGGUCCUUGGAAACAGGAGGACUUCUUAUGGAGACUCUCCACCUAGAGGCAGGCAGACAUGUGUCAGAGCGCUCCACACAGUGGGAUACUAAUUGUUUGCAUUGCAAAUAUUGGCAUUCUGGGGAUCUCAGUAAUGAACCUGAACCUUUGGCUCAUGCUCAUGGACAAUUAUUCAACAUUUUCUACCACUGCAAAAACAAAAGAAAAUAUAAAAAGAACAACCUACAAUGUAGGAUUUACAUAUUUAAAAAGACACAUUUGUCUAAAACAUACUCUACAGAAAAAUUUAUAUCUAUGAUUAUCAUUUGUUAAAAGCCUUGCAUCAUACCAUGUUGAUUCAGUAUCACACACCCCCCAAAAUAUAUCCUUUCCUUUUUUUUUUAAACAUAUAUGCUGUAUAUGUUUUAAAGCAAUAUGAAUGAGAGGUUGUGCUUUUAGUUACUCACCAAUAUAGAUCCAAGUGUGAUUUCACCUUCCUUUGCAUACAAUAACCUUGAGUCUAGAUCCCUGGAGUUUUGGGCAGAGACAUGUUGAAAGAUGCAAUUGUCUGAUGUAGGAUGCCAAGAAAAAGGACCCAAGGCAAAACUGCUCUACUCUGUUAACUUCUGUUACUAUAAAUAAAGGCAUGUGCCUAGUUUUGAUACAGAAUGGAAUAUUUUUUAUACUUGUGAUAUCACAUUGGACCAGUUUACUGUAACAAAGCCCUUGGUUUCUCCAGAAGGUGGGUGUGCCACUGGUAGUACCUGAAAAAUGCAAGGUAGGUGUUAAUAAUGAAAGUGGUUCAUUUAUCAAGAACUUGAUUUUCUUUUUACCAGUUGUGAAUAAUGGUUUCAUAGAAAACGGAAGAAGCUAUACUUGUUAUAAAUGCAUAUAGGGUAAUAUUCACCUUGUUGUCAAGAUCAAGAAGUCAGAUAUUUAAACAUUUUCUGGAUAAAAACAAUUCUUCUUAGAUGCUAACACAAACCAGGGUGAUUCAUGCACAACAUGAUGUUAAUGUGACUAAGGACCUGUUUAAAAUUUGAUAAAAGUUGAUGGCUGAAUUGUUGCCAAAGGAAAGAUCCAGCUACUGCCACUCUGAUGUUGUCUGUUCAGCACUGAACACACAGUAUUAGCCUGAAGGGGCUACUUUAGAGUUUCUCCCUACUUUCUUACCAAAUAAACAUUGGCUGUUUUUGUUCAUUUAUCUUGUUUAGACAACCUGCAUCUGUCUUGCUUUUAAAGAGGUGAAGAGAAACAAAGUGGAAAAGGCUGACAUUUUUUUCUCUCCAGUGAGGAAAAAGAUUACCCCCUAUAAUUUGCAAAUUGUGCAGACACGUUUAUCCUUCUGAAACUAGAAUAUUUUCCCAAUUCAACUUAUACUAAUUAUUGUUAUUCAAAAGAUUAUAGUUUUAUGGGCCAAAGAGAUAGUAAAGCCCUUAGGGCAGUUGUCUGGCAUGAGGCCAAUGGGGUUCAGUACCCACCACCACAUAAGGUCCUCUGAGCACAGAGCCAAGAGAAAACCUUGAGCACAGCUGGGUGUGGGCCAAAAACUAAUUAUAGUUUUAAAAAGUGGCAUCAUGCCCUUCCCACCACUGAUCUGGUCAAAUGAAAUAAUUUCAUUUAACUAAAUGUUGAAGGAAUUGUUUUCAAAGCAUAUAAAGUAUUGACUAAAGAGCGUAUUUACUCGACACCCAUAUUCACUCUUACUGUGAUAUAUUUAAUCAGCACACAAACAGAAGUUUCAGUACUUUCCACAUUUCAAGUGAUAUCUGAAAUAAGCCCUCUCAUUUGGAGGACAUGAAUGUUGGAACAGAAAGAUUCAAGCAUUUGUCUUUUGACAAGAUAUGCAUAAAGCUCACCCUUCUUUUACUCUUUUACUCUUUUAAGAACUUCAAUAAAAUUUAAUUUAUCCCAAUAGAAAACUUGAUGGUCCAGAAUUUUUUUUAAAUUAACUAGCAGCAUAAUAAUAACCCAUUAAUAGGGAAUAGAAAGUGAAAUGAAAAGGUUGAAAAACUGUCUAUUUGACUCUUGCAAUGAUUAUCAUAGAUGUUUUAGAAAUUAAUUUCUCAUGUGUAGCCUUCACCUUAUUUAUACCUAACAAUACAAAACAAGACCUGCUUUACAUACUUUUUAUCACAAUUCCAAUUUGUGCACAAAUGCAAUGGGGUCUUUCAAAUUUCAGAAAUAACACCAGGUUCUUCUAAUUUAAAGAAGAAAAAGAAAGUUAAAGUGAAGUCUCCAAAAAGUUUACAGUAGAUAGAUUGUCUUAAUUUUGCAACAUCAUAAGCAGGUAGGAUUAUCUAACACAAAUAUAAAAGAAAAAUAGAGCAAUAAAUAAAAGGGCUUUCUAUUUCCAACUACUUAUGUUUAAUUUCUUUCAAAAUAAAAAUUUACCAAAAACAAAUCAGUUAUAUGAAAUUAAAGUUAUCUCACCCAUGAAAAGUUUUAUUUCCAAAUUUCAGUUUUUAUUCCAUUAGCAGAUUGUACUUAAGGGGUUGCCAUAUCCUGGUUCACAGAACAAUAGUUAUUUAAGCAUUCAUCUCAGAAAGGAAUGGAGUCCCAAAGAGUAGUAAAUUCAACAAAAUGCUGAUUUACAUAACCAGGUUUUGAAGUUCACAAUCUGAGCCUAAUAAAUCAGAAAAAUCCUGUAAGCAAAAACCCUAUUUAAUGUUUACCGUGGUGUUUCUCUUACAUUUUUGCUUGUUUCUCUUGCUUAUUUGAGCAUGUAGCAUGUUUUUUCAUAAUGUUACUGCUGAUAGCUUUAAAAACCAGUGUUCCAUAGACCAACUUAGUCAAAAUGUUAUAAAAUAGCACUCUUCUAAGACUCAGUGUUUUGAGAAGAGAUUCAUGAUUCUUCUGAAACAUCCUCAACUCAAUGUACUUAAUAAGAAAUAGUAAAGCCACUAUUUCACUUGGAGUUCUAUAGAUUACAAGAUAUUUACCCACCAUUUUAAGUGAAUACAUUAAAAAUAUAGUGACCAAGUAUUUGGGGAGAAUUUUCACCUUUUUAUGGGAAAUAGCACAGUAAUGGACUUACAGGUAAUUUAAUGGCAUUUUUUUUAUAUUCUAUCAGUAUAGAUCUCAUGUUUCACUGUAUCUCAUCUCUGGAACUAUAAAUUAAUUUUUCAUAAUGGAAUUUUUUAUUUAUGGCUUUAGGUUACCUCUUGAUUAGAUCAAGCCAGAUCAUGGUAUAGAAUAACAACUUAUACUAGCACAUAGGCCAAAUCUACCCUUACUAGUCAUCUCUAAGACAUCUUUUUCCAAAAUGAUUUUUCUCAAAUCAUCUUAAAAGAAAAUACAAUUGUUUGGCCAAGAAUUGUGUGUUGACCAGGUCACUGAAUGUGUACAUUAAAACUUUUCAGAUAAACAUUUAUUCUUUCAAUGCACUAAAUCUUGCAAAAGGUUUUAGUUGACUAAAAUGCUAAUUAUCUCAGUUCAUCCAUUUCUGUAAAUACCUGAAAUGUAUAUUGUUAGAGAAUAACUCACCAUAAGAUGUGCCCUAGUAUGUUCCUGGCAAGAACUUCAACUUUUCUAAAUUCUUUUAUUACUCACUUCGUAAAACUUGAUUUGCAUUAAAUUUAUAAUUAAGAGCUUUAUUAAUAUUCUCAACAAUUGAACAUGUACCUGAUAAUUUUCAAGGACUUUUUGUCAGAAAUUCAAUUUUGUUUAUUCCCCAGAAAUUUUUCUGAUUACCAAUAACUCUAGCAAUACAGAGGCAUUCGAAUCUGCCCUACAGUUAUUAAGUUGGAUAGUUUAUUAUUAUUUUCUGUCAAAUAUUAUAUUUUCCCCAGUAUUCAGGGCCUAGAAGUUACACUCAAUACUUUAAAAAAAAAAGAAUUUUUCCACCUUCAAGGAAUAUUUUCCCUAUAACUCAAGUAGGAACAAAUACAUUUAUGUAUUAGAAGAUACAAAAAUAAGUAUGUGAUCUUGAAGUAUAAUCACUGAGCAGGGUUCCGUGUAGAUUAAUUUACUCUUCUAGUGUCUCCCUUCAUCUCUAUGUUGAGACAUCAGUUUCACUUCAGGGAUUGUGCUUAGAAGCUAUCCAACAACACUGAAUAUUUCUUGCAAUUUUCUAGGAAAGUAUAAACAUAUUUUCAGUUUAGAAAGCUGGUAUGCAACAAAAAUACAUAUCAAAAGCUUAAAGAAUGGUUGGGAGAAGAUACUUGGAUUCAUUUUAAUCAUAUUUUCUUUAUUACUGAGUUUUAUAGUUAUUCCCAGGAAAAAUGAGAAAGUAUACCCUUCUUUAAUUGUCAUGAGCAUCCUUUUUAAUUCCUAUUCCCUAUGUCCUGACACCUUUAUGUAUCAUAUAUAAACAAUUUCAAAUGGAUUUUGUGGCACAUAAACCUAGUAAUAAAACCUUUGGGCCAAAGCCAUUCAUUCUUAGUUGUACUUAGUUUCUAAAAGAUGUAUCAUCUUUAUCACUGGGACUCAGGUCCUAGAAUCUAUUACAUCAUGUGCCUGUUUAGUUCAAUGACUUUUGACCUUUGGUUUUAUAAACUCAUUUCAAAUGAAAUCCACAUUAAUUUCUGACUGAGGAGUUUUGGACUUAUUUUGUUUGUUCUGUGUGAAAAACCUUGAGUAGUGAAGUAACCUGUACUUCACAUGUUAAUUUUAGAACUACAUGAUCCAGUUAGACAACAAAGGGACUUUCUUCUACUUUCUUCGGCAAACAUUUACCUACACUCAAAACCACUCCCCUUUACAACUAUAAAAGAUAUUCCCCAAGAGACUUUUCUCAUUCUCACUCCAGCAAAAGUAUGAACACAUGGAAAGGACAGUUCUACAGUGCAAGUGUUCAAAAUCAAAAUGACAGCUGACUUGUGAUGAUAGUUAUCUGAAUUGCCUAAUGAAAACUAGGACAAAAGGACAUCUUGACUUGCAAAAUUUCCCUAACUUGACCACAUUUUCAAACAACUAUUAAUGGCAAGUUUUCAAAUCUUAUUCAUUUGUCUGUAGCACUGUACUGUAGCACUGUCAUCCCAUUGUUCAUCGAUUUGCUUGAGCAGGCACCAGUAAAGUCUCCAUUGUGGGACUUGUUACUGUUUUUGGCAUAUAGAACACACCAUGGGUAGCUUGCCAGGCUCUGCCAAGCUCGGCCAUGCGGGCGGGAUACUCUCGGUAGCUUGUCGGGCUCUCUGAGAGGGACAGAGGAAUCAAAUCUGAGUCAGCUGCAUGUGAGGCAAACUCCCUACCCGCUGUGCUAUGGCUUCAGUCCAUUUGUCUAGGGAGCUGUGAAUGUAGCUGCAAGUUUUCAAUUAAAAAUGUCAAAAAACAGAAACUGCUCAUCUAAUGUGAGCUCUUCAAGAGGUUGCUUAGAAUAAAACAAUUGCAGGGAAAAGACAAGUUAGUAACAAAUUUUUUAAUGUUAAUUUUUUGGUAAUAAAUCUGGAGCUAAUGGUAUUUCUCUUUCAAAAUAUGGAAAUCUGAGCAAGAGAAGGUUACCUGUGCACCCAGAUUUCCCUUCAAUUGCAACGUCUCUUCUCUCUCCCUUUACCCCCAUAUUCUGGGACUACAAUGUGAGUUACAGCCCUGGAAAAUGGAAAGACAAAGCAGGGAAAAGCAGGAACUGCCAAUUCCCCAAAGAGCCCACAGAGAAGAAAAUGGCCAUAUUCUUCCACAUUCCUUCUCCAUUUCCUGGAAUCACAAUUGAAAUGGCUGCCCUUUCUUCAGUUUAUUUUCCCACUGUCAUGUCCCAGAUACACCAUACCUCACCAAUGAAUGAUCCCUCCAGGAAUGUCUUGUUUCAUUGGUACUCCGAAAUUUGUGGGUAAUUGUUGAACUGCGAAUUGCUAAAAAAAAAAAAAAAAAAGAAAAAAAAGAAAAAAGAAACCUAUCUCCCUUAAGACUUUAAAAGUUAAGACUUACCAUUCACAUAAUCACAAGCUGACAGCAAUCUGCAGGUUGAGUGAUUCUGUUUUUUUCUCCCUUCUAAAAGCAGGUGGGUUGAUAUAAUGCCAGCCUUAAAUAGAAGCUUUAUUUAUAGCCUUAGCAGAAUGAGCAGAGAGCUGGCAUAAUCAAGAGGGUACUGCAUAUUUUAAGGAAGGCAUUACCUUUAAUAUGCAAAAUAGCCAUUAGGAGACAACAAAAAUGCAAAUUUAAAUUCUACUAAAUUGGUUAACUGUAUUAAUUCAAAUGAAGUUUGAAAGAUAACUUUCCAUAGUAAAAUUAGGUCAGAGUAAAAAUCCAAGUUUUCUGUUCCAAGUGGGGGGAAAAGAAGAAAUAUACUUUCCAUGUAACUUUUCUUCAUUUUUUGUUGCACAUCUCCUAUUCUAAAUUGCUUUAGUAUCUUUAGUGUCCAGUACAAUAUGAUAUUAUCUACAAUACCACUUAAUUAUAGAGACUCAUUAGAUUGAUAAUUGUAAAAUGAAAUUCUCCCAAAAUAAUUUUAAUUAAAAAUUUCUUCCAAUCUUUAUGACAAUGUAUGUCCAGAAACAAAUUGAUCUAUAUACAUAUACAUCUAUGUGAUAAUCAGAUAGAAUUAUCUGGGAGAUUUGGGAGAAAAAAUUUUCCUCCUCAGAUAUAAAAUCAGAUGUACCACACAUAAGUUCCUUUAUAAAAAGGGAAUUAUCCUCUUCUUUUUUUCACUUAAUGUGGAAUGCUCCAAAUUAUAAUUUUAAAACUAUUGUUUAUAUAUACAUAUAUAAAUAUGUGGGGAGGGUGGUUUGAUUUUUUUAUGUGGUUAAAUGUAACUGUUUUAAAAGUUGAUAAGCUUGAGCAGGAGGUUUGGGGGGGGAUGUGUGUCUGUGUUCUUUAAUGUCUUUUAUCAAAAUAGUCUGGGAAUAUUCCAUAAUUGGAAACAACUAACAAACAACCAACAAAAUUUUUAACUGCCUGAUUACUUGUUUUUAUUUUCAAAAAAUUAGUACUAAUGACAAAAGCAUAAAUUUAUACUUGUGUCUCAUUUACUAUUAUUUUUUUGUUAUUGGGCAUGUUUUUGAAAACAAGUUAACUUAUUUUAUUAACAUGUAAAAUAAGUUAAGAAAACAUGUGUUCCUUAUUGAUGUGAAGGGCUUAAGCAUCAGACAUCUCCAUGAAAUACAUUGGGGUAUAAUUAAAUAACAUAUGGUAAAAGACAAUUGAAGUCAUGUAUUAGAAGAUAUUCUUACUGGAAGAGGUAGGUUGUAUGAGUCCAGGAAUAUCACAUUGCUUAAUUUGCUUUAGUACUGUUAUUAGAUCAAACAUAAUCAACAAAUAAUUUCCAUUCAAAGAAAAGUCGGUGAAAUCUGAUUCUGACGCCAGGGUGAGUAGAGACCACUUGGAGGGUUCAGAAACCAAGUUCACUGGAUCCUCUUACACAAAAAUGACCAAGCAACCAUAAUGAGCUGUGGAUUCCAAAUGCAGGUAAUGUUAAGCACAUUACAAUGAUACUCUAGUGAAGAUAACUUUUACAUCACUUGCAAAAUGAUCUCAAAUUCAUUUGAAUUAGUCACAGAAGCAAGUAUUGGAUAUGCCUUCCAGUGAAGAGGGGGUAAGUGGAGGAGAAAGGAGAAAGUUGACAGGAAUUGUACCUGAAAACCAUAUUGAUAGAUGAUGAGUACUUGAGAUUUACUUUCUGGAGGCAGCAAAGACUCAAAAUUAUGAGAUGUUAGCAAGAAAUUUACAAAAGACCCAUUUACUAUCCUUGACUUCUGAAACUUUUGAAACUUUCUAUCAGAGAGUAAUUUCCUUCUCCUUGAAGACUGGGGGAAUGCCAACUCUGACACUGAAUUUUUUUCAUUGAGUAUUUCUCAAAGAAAUAAACUAGAUCUCUGAACUGAAUUUUCAUGGAGUAUUACUUAACUAGAAUGACUGAAACAAAAAUUUUCAAAAUUUUUAAAACAAAAAUUUUAUAGUUUAAAAACUAUAUUGUUUUUACUAUGGUGGGAAAAUAUCUCUGCCAAAUAAUAUGUCACAAGUUAGGUAGUCAAAUAAGUUCACUAAUCAGGGAUAAAAUGGAAUCAAUAGCUCAAAACUUGCUCUUAAACAAGUUCUUAACCAGUGGAAAGAAGAUAAUACAAUGGAGUGAAAUUUUCAUGAAAAAGCUAAACAAACUUUUACUUCAUGAGCCUCGCUUCUGGUUCUGUACUUAUAAAGUCAUUCUGGACAUGCAAUGAUUCAUAAAUUUAGAAAUCCAUCAUAGUUUUGGAUAUCAAAUGUACAGGCAUUGAGGGGUUGUUGGUUUUUAUCCCCAUUUCCCUUGGGCACACUGCUCAAUCUAUCUGACUCUUAAUGUUUUUCUAUCAUUUAAUAUAGUUGAAAUAAAGUUAUGAGUUCUGCUACUCCCUUUAAGGCAGAUAAGUUUAUUAUAGAACCCAAUUUUCUUUUCCUAAUUACCUCAUUGACAGAGAUAAGACAUGGGAUGUGAUGAUUAUUGUGGAAUAAGACCAAAUUAGGGAAGAAAUUGAAAAAACCUUAAUGGAAUUCUGGAAAGGAAAUUAACCUAAGAAUUCUGUCACUGGUAGAAAUUUUGAAAACACUGGCUUCUAGGGCUUGCAACUCUAGUGCCUUAUCUUAUCUCAUAAGUAAAUGCAAAAAUGAUGACCCUCAAUCAAAAAACUUAGAUUGAGAGGAAAAAUUCCUUGUUAGAGCUAUACCUUGUUCCAUUCUACAGUACUAUUAACUGUUUAAAUCAAUGUUGAGAAAUGUCAAUAAAUUUAUCUAUACAGUACAUGUUUUUAAACUAGUUCAUGUAUUUUAAUAUUAUACUUAUAGAUAUAAUAAUAUAAUGCAUUAUUAUAUCUAUAAAUAACAACCACCUGGAUAAAGAUAAAGGAAAGAAAAGGCAGAUGGAAAAUAUAUGAAAUAAAAAUUCUUAGUAGUCUGCUCAAGUUGCAUAUGUAAAACUAAGACCAGAACUCAGUCACUAAGGACUUAGGGUCUGAAAGGUAAAACCUAGAAGAUAAACUACAAAAACCAGCACACACCUCUGUCUUUGCAUGGAAGACUCAAGCAUAUGUGAUUGCAAAGGAUUUAUAUUGGCUAAAUUGAAUGAUUCUGCUUAUUGUUAUAUUGGAGAUAAGUCUACUUACCAGAUACUGCUCAAAAAUAGAAAUAAUAUCAAAUAACAUUUACACAAAAUUUUCUAACUGCAGCAUCACUAAUCAUACACUUUGAAGGAUAGAAAAUCAAACAUGCAAGAGCCAUAGCAUAGUUCUAACUUGCUCAGUUUGAUCUAUUCCUUUAGCCACGGGCUAUUAGCUGAAUGUACAAAAGACUAAUAGGUUAUUUCUAUUACAUACAUUCAGGGCUCUCAUGAAAUUUAAACACAUAUUUAAACACACACACACACAAGCACAUGUGCGCAAGCGCAUGUACACACACACACAUCCAUAACAUUACUUCCAUUUUUUUUUCACCCCCGCUGUUUAUCAGUUCAAAUGUCCUAUUGAGAAUCAAUUUCACUUAUCAUGGAAAAACGUAAAAAUGCAAAGAUAUUUCAAGUCAGAUGCACCAUCUAGAAUUAUAUAAGCUCUUUUAUUUCAGCAAUACCUGGAGUAUUUUCUUGUCUCUACUUCCAGUGGUCUCAAGAGCCUUCUAUGGCCCUGCUAUAAGAAAUUUGCUGAUGUUGAUGUAGAGGUGGUUUCUACACUCAGCAGCAGUUUUCUUUCCUUAGUCUUCUAAAGUGAAAAAAAUUGAUAAAAAUGGAAAGUACCUGACUUGUGAGCCAAGAGAAGAGUACUUUGUGUUAGUUCGAGGUGUUUUCAGAAUAGAUUUGAUAAGAACUGGAAAAUACAACUUUUUCAAAUGAUAAAAUGGGCAUACACAAUCAUACUGAAGGAAAGUGGAUGGUAUUGAUGGAUGAUGAUCAAAUAUAUGUGACACUGCCUCUAAUAAUUUUCUUCAUGGUUUGAAUUCCAAGUAUUAAAUACACAUAAAAAUUAUUCUAAAUGUCUGUGUCUUUUUAAAUGCUUUCAGUACUAUUUCAAAUACAUACAGAAAAUUUAGAAGUAUACUUAGUCUUCAUUCUUAAUUAGAAGCUAGAUCUAAAUUUCUCCACAUUUUUUUAAGAAACAGAAAAUUAAUGUUUUCAGUCAUCAGUCUCCUUUGAUUCAUUCACCCAUCUAAUCAUGUGAAAUCUAUCAUCAUAGUAAGCUAACAGGACUUCAGCAAGUACAUUAUUGAACUGUGUACAAUGUACAUUAUUAAUCCUGCAUUUCUCCAAAUCAACUUCUUUGGCUUCCAUACUGAUCACAACCACCGUCUCAUUCUAUCAUCCAAAUCAUGUGGCUUAGAGAUGGGCCUCAAUGUCCAACUGACCAGGCACUAACUGGCUCACAGGACCUGCUUUAAUGAUUCACUCUCAGGGAGUCAGAAUAAAUAAGUACUGAAAAGACAGAAGAUCUGGAGUAAGAGCCCUUGGGACUCGUCUCUGCAUUCAUGAUUCUUUAUGGGCAAGCUAUUUAAUAUCUCUGCAUCCCUAUCUCUCAGAACAACCAUAACACUACCUACCUCUCAAGGGUGCUGUGAGGCUUACUGUGAAAACAUAAGGGAAUGGUAUGUAGAAUUGGGGGCUAUUACAAAGGUGCUACAAAGGAUUUAGAGUCACUCAAUAAAGUCAGUGAAGAUGAAAACUACUUCCCCUAUAAGUCCCAGGCCUGCCAGGAUAGGUCUACUCCCUUUACAAAAAGAAUCUAAAAUGGCAUUGACCGUCGUUAGCUUCAAUAUGACCUCUGUGUGAAUUUGAUCAGGCCCCCUCUCUCUGAGAGAGAAAUGAUUUGGAAAAAUUAUUCAUCUUAACAAAGGAUAAUAAAUUGAUUCACUUCCAGGUGUUGGGGGUCAGGGAAAGUGAUUUCAAUAUGAAACAAAAGUAUAAAUUGAUAUCUUCAAGGGGAUGCAUUUUAUUGGAGAAAUUUAUUGCCUAGGGUUUUCUGUUGUUUUUAGUCUGACUCCCCAGAUUUCUGUGCCAUUGUUUUCACACACAUCUUCUUCUCUCUUUUACUGGAAGGGAAGUGAUAACCCUCCUCAUUUCACGAUGAUUCUUUUCAUACAGAAUGUUUUGCUCAAAGGACAAGCUCUUUCAACAACUAUUGUAAUUAUUUCUUAGAGGGCCGUUUUUAAUUGCCAUAUUGUUUAGCUAAGCCCUAUUGUCUUGUUGUCCUUCAAAAUUGUCAGUUGCUUUAAAUUCAGGGGGGAGGGGGGAGAGCUGAUAAGCACAUUGUUGUAACUAAUUUGUAUGUCUAAAUUGUCUUAUCAGAAAACAAGGUUAUGAAUUUCAUCUGUUGAGACACAAAAAUAAAAUACUUUCCUA